CAAAAGUCAAGCCUCAGUUAGCAGCGCCCUCUAGUGUAAUCUGAGUAUUAAACAUUGAUUUGAUCCCCGCAGCACAGAUUGGAUUUUGCCGUGUUUUUCUGGGUUCGGCUCUUACGGUAUUGUUUGGUUUCAGCUAAGGUGUUCGUGGAUAAACACGUGGGACAGUGACAGCACAAGCGCUGGAAAUCUGCGUCCCAUCCUGGCAGAAAAAUGAAGUGUGAUGAGUGCCAGUUCCUGAAUGGACAUGUUGACUAUUAGGUAAGAUCCAAGCGAGGAGACGCUGCUUCAGACGCUGCCCUGCCUUAGACAAACAGGAUUUGAACCCUGGGGUCACGGACUCUCCACAGCCAAAGGAGACAAUUCUUCAGUGUUAUUAUCGGAAAUGGCUAAUAAUAGAUGACAAGAAAGCCAAAGCGUUCCUUUGGCGGAGUCAUCUUUUGUAGCAGCCGCAGCCAGAGAAGACAGCUGUUUUCGACUUUGAUGAAUCAUGAUCCCCAUUACCGAGCUGCGCUAUUUCGUGGACACCCAACCUACGUAUCGCAUUCUAAAGCCGUGGUGGGAUGUGUUCACAGACUACAUAUCGGUGGUCAUGCUGAUGAUUGCCGUAUUCGGAGGCACACUUCAGGUCACGCAGGACAAGAUGAUCUGCCUACCCUGCAAAUGGGUAGUUAACAAUUCCUGUAAAAAGUAUUUCAACUCGACAAUUUCUGUGCCCUUGACUUUAGAACCUGAAGGAAUACGAUACGACCUUGAUCGUCACCAGUAUAACUAUGUCGACGCCAUGUGCUACGAAAACAACCUUCACUGGUUCGCUAAAUAUUUUCCAUACUUGGUGCUGCUUCACACGCUCGUCUUCCUCGCUUGUAGCAACUUUUGGUUUAAAUUUCCAUGGACAAGCUCUAAACUGGAACAUUUCGUCUCCAUACUUCUCAAAUGCUUCGACUCGCCGUGGACCACGCGAGCUCUGUCCGAAACAGUCGUAGAGGAAAGCGACUCUAAAGCUUUUGCGAAAAUCAACGGCUCCUUCGAAAAGAAGACUUCGAACGUCAGUGAGGACCUGGAAGCUAGCGCUCCCAUGCUGUCCACAACCAGAUCUCGUAUCGAACAAGGAAUUGUAGAUCACUCCGAGACUGGCGUACUGGACAAAAAAGAAGGUGAGCAGGCUAAGGCGUUGUUCGAGAAGGUUAAGAAGUUUCGAACUCACGUCGAAGAGGGAGACAUAGUCUACAGACUGUACAUCCGACAAACUAUCAUCAAAGUUGUUAAGUUUAUCCUCAUAAUUUGCUACACGGGUUACUAUGUUCACAAAAUUAAGUUUAAUGUCGACUGCAGUGUGGAUAUCAAAAACCUCACAGGUUACGGAUUGUACAAAUGUGCGCAUCCCUUGGCCACUCUUUUUAAAAUCUUAGCAUGCUUCUAUAUCAGUCUGGUGGUAGUGUAUGGGAUGAUCUGCAUGUAUACCCUCAUCUGGAUGCUGCGACGUUCCCUCAAGAAGUACUCGUUCGAGUCCAUCCGAGAGGAGAGCCGUUACAGCGACAUCCCGGACGUGAAAAAUGACUUUGCCUUCAUGCUGCACAUGAUCGACCAAUACGAUCCGCUCUAUUCCAAACGAUUUGCCGUUUUCCUAUCGGAGGUGAGCGAGAACAAACUGCGCCAGGUGAAUCUCAACAACGAAUGGACUUUGGAGAAGCUCCGGCAGAGGAUUACCAAAAACUCCCAGGAUAAAUUAGAGCUCCACCUCUUUAUGCUCCAUGGAAUCCCAGAAAUGGUCUUCGACCUGGUAGAGCUGGAAGUUCUGAAACUUGAGCUCAUCCCCGAUGUCACCAUCCCGCCAAUCGUCGCCCAGCUUUCCAACCUCAGGGAGAUGUGGCUCUACCAUACGCCAGCCAGAAUAGAGGCUCCGGCUCUAGCGUUUUUGAGAGAGCACCUGAAAUCGUUGCACAUCAAAUUUACAGACAUAAAGGAAAUACCUCUGUGGAUCUACAGCUUGAAGAACCUAAGCGAGCUGCAUCUUACUGGCAACCUUAGCGCUGAUAACAAUCGCUACAUUGUCAUCGACGGCUUACGCGAGCUUAAGCGACUCAAGGUUUUGCGACUGAAAAGUAACCUCACCAAGCUGCCCCAGGUGGUCACGGAUGUUGGAAUACAUCUCCAAAAGCUGUCAAUCAACAACGAAGGCACCAAGUUGAUGGUGCUCAACAGCUUGAAGAAAAUGGUGAACCUGACGGAGCUGGAGCUCAUCCGCUGCGAUUUGGAACGCAUACCGCAUUCCAUCUUCAGCCUGCACAACCUGCAAGAGAUUGAUCUUAAGGACAACAACUUGAAAACUAUUGAAGAGAUCAUUAGCUUUCAACAUCUCCAUCGACUUGUUUGUCUGAAGAUGUGGUAUAAUCAGAUUGCCUAUAUACCUUUCCAGAUAGGUACGUUGACCAACCUGGAGCGCCUGUAUUUGAAUCGCAACAAGAUCGAGAACAUACCGAAUCAGCUCUUCUUCUGUCGGAAGCUGAGGUUCCUUGAUCUGAGCCAUAACAAUCUAACAAGUAUCCCAUCUGAAAUAGGGUGUCUCCAGAACCUUCAGUACUUUGCUGUAACUGCCAAUAGAAUUGAGUCUCUCCCCCCAGAGUUGUUUCAAUGUAAGAAACUUUGCACACUCAAUCUCGGAAACAAUUGCUUGUCGUCCCUGCCGUCUCGGUUUGGGGAACUCACCAAUCUGACCCAGCUGGAGCUGAGGGGUAACCGACUGGAGGGUCUUCCUGUGGAACUCGGGGAGUGCAGACAGCUAAAGAGAAGCGGUCUAAUUGUGGAGGACAAUAUCUUCAACACGUUGCCUUCAGAAGUCAAAGAGCAACUUUGGAGACUUGAGAAAGAGGCUGCUUGAGAAAUCAGAUACACAAAUAGUGUGCGUAGGUGAUUGUGCUUAGCCGAGCAAUACAGUCGUGUGCACAAGUGUCUGAUACAUUACGUAUUAGAAUGUUGUAUUUGACAUUUAUGUGAUGUCAUGUACAUUUACUUUUACACAUUUGGCAGAUGCUUUUAUCCAAAACAACUUACAGUGCAUUAUAAGCUAUAUGUUUUUAUCAGUAUUUGUGUUCCCUGGGUGACAUUUUUGCACUGCUGACGCAAUGCUCAUCAAAUUGAGCCACAGGAACAUAUGACACGAUGUAGUGAUUGUGAAGGAACAUUGAGAAAUGCAGAUGUUGAUGGUAUUUUUGUUGAAAGUGAGCAGACCAAAUAUUAGAGUUAAAUUAUGGUGCUGUUCGUUUUUGCCUUAAUUAAAUAACACAAUUUUAUUAUUGUAUUGUAAGCCUUUUCACUGCAUUUUAUACCGGUGACACAGUGUAUGUAUGUGUGAAAAGCAUUCUGGGAUGACUUAUUCUUAAAUCCAUUUAUCCAUACUAUUUAAGAGAUGUUUACUUGCAUAUUAUACUGAUAACUGCUUUUGUAAGGUUGAUAUUAUUGGGCAAAGCUGUUCAAAAUUAUCUUCAUAUGUAGUGGUAAUACCUUUUAAAAACAAAGAAAACAGUAGAUAACUGCCGUAUAAACAAACAAAAAAUGUUUAUAAUAUGCUGUACUUUUUUCAACACACCUAAUAUGUUAAAAUUCAAGGCAAAAAUCCCUAUUUUCAGUUUAUUUAUUUUUACAUUCUGACAUUCAUUUUUUACAAUGUUUCUAGUUGCAUCCUUAGUGAUUUUGCAACCAUUGUCCAAAAAAAAUUUUUUUUGGAUAAAACGUGUUUUUCCUCCAAAAAAAGCUUGCAUGCACUUACACUGAAAAAAUUUAUUCAUUCAAUUUACUCAAUUUUUAAGGUAAGCGGUUGCAAUCAAUUUAUUUAAGCUACAUUUAAUCAAAAGUGUUUUGUAUUUCUUAUUUUUUUUUAAAUGUAGCUUAAAUAAAUUGAUUUCAACCGCUUACCUUAAAAAAUUGAGUAAAUUGAAUGAAUCAUUUUUUUCAGUGUAGAGGACUUUGCAGCUAAACACAGUCAAAUUUGUAGUUCACCCAAAAAAAAAUUUAUGUCAUCAUUUACUCACUUAUGUUAGUCUAAACCUGUAUUAGUUUCUUUAUUCUAUUAAAGAUUUUGAUAAAUAAUUCACUAAUAAGUAAUGGUAACACCGCAGUACCAGUUGACUUCCAUAGUAUUUGUUUUUUUCCUACUAUGGAAGUCAGUGGCUAUCGUCUACUGUGAGCCUACCAUCAUUUAUAAAAAAUAUCAAGAAAUAAAUCGUUGCAAUGGAAUUAAAUGUCAACCACAACAGAUUUUUCUAUUCCAUGCAUACCGUAGUAUGUAAAUGAGGGGUGUGUCUGACUCAUAUGCAACAGUCCUGCAUGUAAGACUAUGAUUCAAAAUUAAGCAGAUUUUAAGAGAACCCACAAAUGAAUCUUCUCCAGUAGUAGCGAGAGCUUUUUUAUAUUCAGGAAGUGCGGGCAUAUCAAAUCUAAAUAUAUAAAUGUAUUGUGGUAUGUGUUGUUAAUGUGAAAUAUUAUUACUCGUACCAUAAAGCGUUUUUGGUAAUGCUGCCCACCCCUACAUAAUUCAGUAUUCAAUGGCCUGUUUGCUCAAUAAUAUUCAAGGAGUUUGCUGUAAUGUACAGUACUCCUUUUUCCUGUGUAUUGACUGUAAAUGUGUGUUAAAGGGAUAGUUCACCCAAAAAUAAAAAUUCUGUCAUCAUUUACUCACUCACCAUUAUAAAUGUAUUUGUUCUGAUGAACACAAGAAAAAAUGAUGAGCCCCAUUCACUUCCAUAAUAUUUUUUUCCUAAUAUGUCAAUGGGGUCUCUGAUCGGUUUGGUUACAAAGAUUCCUUAAAAUAUCUUCAUUUCUGUUUAUCAGAACAAAGUCAAGUUUGUAACAACAUGAGAGUGAUUAAAUGAUUUUCAUUUUUGGAUGAACUAUCUUUUUAAGUACAGUUGUAUGUAUUGUGAUUGGGUUUUAUAAGGUUUGCAUGUUUGCCGUUUAUAUUCACUGAUGCAAAAAAUACCAUUCAGGAUCUACACUGUAAAUUCAGAGUGAUACAGACAUAAUGUUUUUCUAGUUAGACUUCAAUAUAUUGCUCCUUACCAAUACAGCACCUUAUUUUCAUUAGUCUGCUCACAUUGAAAUGCCUUGAAAAUGAUUUUACCCUGUAUUAAAAAGGUAAAUUAUCAGUUUCUAUUCAAAAGACAGGCAUGUAAACAUUUAUGUUGUAAAGGUAGGCCAGUACCCCCAAUUUUGCACUUACAAUAAUGUUUGCUGUUACUCAGCUCAUUCUGAUGUCAUGUUAUUCUUAUGAGAACGCACUGUAAGGAAGACAAUCAGAAGUAUUUGAAGUAUUGUAUAUGCUGUGUGGUUUAGUACAGUAUGUGAGAUAUUCCCAUUGAAUAAGAAGUGCAAUUUUUUCUUUACUUAAGUACGUUUUUUAAGUAUCUGUACUUUAUCUGAGAGUGUUUUUUGGCAAACUUUUACUUUAUUAUUUUCUGAUACAUAAUAUUGUACUUUUUACUCCACUUUAUUUCAUAUCCUUUAAUACUUAAGUACAUAAAAAAUUUAGCACUUUCUAACAUAUCUUCAAGUAAGCAUUUUAGUUGUGUUUCAAUUUAAGUAAAAUUUAGAAAGUAUGACAUUUUAAAUGUAAGUAUUAGGCUAAAUGAAAUUUUAAUUUGAAAUGUAGUGAAGUAAAAGAAAAUACUUCAAAAAUUUACUUGAUUAAAGUAAAAAUAAUUUACUUCUUUACACCUCUGCAUUGAAUUAUGAUUGUAAUGAAAGUGACUUCUGGUAGAAUUAAUCUUGCUAUUAUGUCUUGUGAUUUCAUGUCAUAUUCAAUUUGACAGUGUUACUAUCGAUAGGUUAGGUUAUUAAAUGUAGCUUAUUGCAUGUUAUUUACUGGUAUUACCUCAAGUAUAAAACAUUUUUGAGUCUUGAAAUCUUUUUUCAUUUAUUUACAUUAGAAACUAAAGUUAACACCUUUUCAGAACUUACAACCGUACUCAGGAAAGUUCAAAUUUGUACAUUUGCAGCUAAAACAAACUUUUCUUUAAUGUCAAGAGAUGCUGUUUCUUGAUUCCAGUGUUAGUUAACCAUCUGUAUGUAACCAUUUGUUAUUUUUAUGGUGGACGACUUAUGUGUGUUGUUUUUGAUGUAAAACAUUUUAUGUAAAGGAGUUAAAUUAAUUGAAUGUCACAACGUAUGAAGCCAUACAGAGUGAACAAAACACUCGUUUUCCUUAAGUGUUUCAAUAAAAUAAACUUAAACGUU